AUGGCUCCGCUGUUCUCCGCUCAACCCCUUCUAGAAGAAGUAGGGUCAUUGAGGAACAAGGAAUCAAGCCUCUCUCAGCCUGGUAGUACCCAGGUGACCGGCAUGCUCGUUGUAACGAUCGAUGUCUGGGGCGGAGCGAGCGCUUUUCCAUUUGCUCGCUUUCGUAGUGCAGGCGUGAGGAAGGAGCCCGAGGCUGCAUGCAGGGCGACCUCGGGUCCAGCAGAAGGCGUUCUGGCCUGGGGCGCAAGGUACGUACAGAUUAUUUCUCUGGUACGCGGGCGCGCUACUGUAGGUGAGCACGGCAUGUCAGCGGCGCCUGCGAUCGCGGUACAAGUCUUCCCUCGGCAUCAUUGGCUGUCAGCAGGUAAGAAGUGCACAAUGAUAGCCAUUCGGGCAAAUGGUAUGCCUUCUCAUAUCACCAAGAUAUCUGAGAUGGAGGUGGAUGGACCGAAUGAAAUUUUCAUCAAUCAAUAA